AUGACUCUAAGAGAUGAUGCGAAGGACAAAGGAACUGAAAGCACUACUGAGGAGAACUCUACCUGGGUACGAGGUGAGAGGAGACAAAGUGAGGCUGAAGUCGAUGACUGGAGACUCGGUGGCGCUGGCGUUGCUGAGCCUGAGUCUGGUGAGACCAACAGAGGCACAAACUCUCAGCCGCCCAGGGAGUGUGACAGCCCUCUGUUCAGUAUGAAAAUGUACCUCAGGAGGCCCUCCUGUUCUUCCUCGUCCACCACAGACUCCUCUUCUCAGCAGAGCGACAUGGGAGUCGACUGUGCAGGGAUCGUCCUGAACUGCCUCUUCUGCCGCUUCUAUGAUAUGAUCCUCAUGCUGCCCAGCUCGUGUGGGAAAGUUGCCAAUCACUGCUGCCCCAACUACAAACAGGUCAACGCCACAGUGGAGUCUACAGCGAGCAGCGAUGAUGACUCUUUCAUGGACUGUGACUGUGGUUAUAGCAAGUAA